CAACGAAUUUCAAGCGAAGUGGAUUGACAGAUUCACUUUGUUCAUCAGUGCGAGCAACACCUUGUUCCUAUCUCUACAGCACAAACCAUGGUCACGAUACGUUCGAUUUCACCGGAGCUCGCAGAAAAAGCCAAAACCGAGCUGAAUGAAGUAACUAGCCGCAUUCCAAAUGACCUGGAAGCGAUAAAGUCCUGGCUUGCUAGACAGCCACAUCUCAAUCCACGCACCGACGAUCAGUUCCUGGUGAGUUUUCUGCGGGGAUGUAAAUACAGUUUGGAGAAGACAAAAGACAAGUUGGAUAAUUACUAUGCAGUGAAAUCCGCUAUUCCGGAAUUUUUCGAGAAUCGCGAUCCAACGGAUCCCAAAAUUCAAGAAAAUGCUAUGCUGGGGGUAAAUUUGCCUCUUCCGUUUUCCAUAGGCCCGGACGGACCACGAAUUGUGUUGGUGCGAAUGGGGUGUUACGAUGCGAACCAGUACUCAAUCGUUGACAUAAUGAAGGUUUGUUAUAUGAUCACUGAUGUGCUUCUACUGAAUGAUGACGUAUCUACAAUAGCCGGCCACAUGGUGCUGGUUGAUCUCAGAGGACUGACGUUGGCCACAUUGUCACAGUUCAGUCCAACUUUCAUCAAGAAAAUGACAUCCGUGAUCGAAGCAUUUCCAAUCCGAACCAAGGGGAUCCACUUUGUGAACCCAUCCACUGGGUUUGAUGCUCUCUUCAAAAUGUUUUACGGUUUCCUCAGUAAAAAGAUUCAAGAGCGAGUUGCCGUUCAUGAUUCAUUUGACGCACUCCAUCAGGUGAUACCGAAAGAAUGCCUACCUGAGGAGUACGGUGGAGAGGGUGGAAAACUAGCCGAAAUCAUCACUGACAUCAAAAAUGAUAUUGUCGCACAUCGCCAAUUCUUCCUCGAGGAUGCCAAAUAUAGAAACGAUGAGAGGAAAAGACCCGGGAAGCCAAAAACGGCCGGCACGUUGUUUGGUGUAGAGGGGUCGUUCAGGAGUUUGGAUUUCGAUUGAAGCUUCUCCCUUUUCUUGGAUUUAUUUUAGACGAAUUGUAAGAUCAAAUGCGGACAGGAAUAAAAUUGAAAACAUAAUCUGACAA